AAAUUAGGGACCAUUGACCUAAAAUUUGUAUUCUUAUUCUUUCUCCAAUCAACAAACCUUCUCAUUCCCUAUAAUUUCACCCCUUUUCCCUUCUUUAAUUCCUUCUGUUUCCUUCUUCAAACCCACAAAAACCUCUUCUUGAUCUAUCAUUUCUUCAUCCCAUUCAACAAUUUUCAUCACUUUUCACUGCAAAAUCUUUUAUUUUUGUUAAAUCUUGUGUCUUUUCAACACACCCAGUUGAAAAAGAUUCUUUCUUUUGAAUCUUUUUGAAGAAUCCCAAGUGGGUAAUGAUUAUUUGAAACAGGUUGUUGUAAUGGCUGCUGAAGAACUUAUUGAAGUCAAGUUUAGGUUAGCUGAUGGCACUGAUAUUGGGCCCAGCAAAUACAGUUCUGUCACCACUGUUGGAUCUUUGAAAGAAAAGAUUGUUUCACAAUGGCCCAAAGACAAAGAAAACGGGCCGAAAUCAAUAAAUGAUCUGAAGCUCAUAAAUGCUGGAAAGAUAUUGGAAAACAACAAAACGCUUGCAGAAUCAAGAUCUCCGGUUAGUGAAAUCCCGGGAGGCGCCAUCACUAUGCUUGUUGUCGUGCGUCCUCCAACGGCUGAUAAAAACAGCGAAAAGUUGCAGGACGGGGAGCGAAAAAAGAGCGGUUGUUCUUGCACAAUCCUGUGAAAGAAAAGAAUCUCGGAUGAUACAACGGUCGAGGAAAGAAUGUUGAAGGGUUUAUUAUCUUUCGAUCGUUAGAAAUUUGUUUGGACCUUUAUUUUUCAAAACCUGAAAGUGAAAAAAGAGAGAUGACAUGAUUUUGUGUUAGAAUAUGAAUCAAUAUAGAAGUUUUGUAGAUCAAAAAGAUGUUAAAAAGAUUCAAACUUUCAUGUGGUAUGUUUCGAGUUUGAUUUAAUUUGUCAUAUAUCAUAUCAUGGAUCCUAGUGGUU